AGCUCCGCAGCUGAAGAAUAGAUUUUUCUUAAAAGUCUUUAAGAAUAAUGACGAAUCUACAAAUCACUGAGAAUGACACCGUGCAUCCUCUGAAGACUGGAUAUACAGAGGAAAACGAGGACACCGUAACCGGCAGUCCCUACAAGGUCCAGGUUUUCAAAAGACGGUGGCUUCAGCUCUUCUUGUUUGCAUUAUGCGGCAUGUGCAGCAGCUAUCAAUGGCCUCAAUUCACGAUCAUCGGCCAUAUAAUAAUCCUCAGGUACUACGGCGUCUCUAUCUCAGCUGUCGCGUCGACCAGCAUCAUGUUGAUGGUAGCCUACUCAGUUUUCCUCUUCCCUGCCUUGUUUUUAAUGGAACGGAUUGGCAUCAAGUGGUCAGUAGUGAUAGGAGCUGUAUUGACUUGUCUCGGAGCUUGGAUUAAGGUCUUUGCGGCAGCCCCAGAUCGGUUUCCGGUUUUGCUGAUAGGCCAGGCCUUGGUCGCGAUGAGCCAGGUUUUCAUCUGUUCUGUUCCGGGAAAAUUGGCAGCAUUCUGGUUCGGGAAAGACCAACUCGCCCUCGCUACCGCCAUUGGCUGCUACGCAGUUCACGUUGGCCUGUCAAUCUGCUUUCUGACUGUUCCGAUAUUCGUUGGAAACCACGACGACGUCGAGGAAAUUGGGCAUACAUUGUCCGUCAUUUACUGGACACUCGCGAUUGCAUGUUCAGUUGUAACGUUAGCCGUACUUUUUCUUUUUCAGGACGAACCUCCCAUGGCACCAAGCGAGUCGCGGGCGUUUCAAAAAUCCGCCCAUGAGUGUCUCGAUAGAGGAGUUUUGGUGUCGUUCAAAAGGUUACUAACAAAGAACAGCAGCUUCAUUAUUCUUUGGAACACCUAUGGUCUGAUUGUUAGCAUAUUUUACUCAAUGGCGACGAUUUGGAAUCCAUUGUUCUUAACUCACUUCAAGAAUUGCGAAGUUGAUCUUGGAAUAACCAGUGUGUUGAAUUGCCUUCUGGGUACCAUAGGUUCGGUAAUCAUCGCGUCAAUUCUCGACAAAACUAAGAAAUUCAGAGUCAUCGCCAUCACCGUGACCAGUUCAGCCGUACUUUUCGAAAUACUUUUGGCUGUGACCUUAAACGUGGAAAUUAAAUGGAUGGUUUAUCUGUCCCUUUCGUUAUUCGGCAUUGCUCAACUCAGUUUCAGCGCGAUCGGAUUUGAAUUAUGCGCUGAAGCGACUUACCCUGAACCCCAGGCAGUGUCCAUGGGGAUUUUGAGCAUAGCAGGCCAACUAUAUGGAGCUAUCGUAACUCCCAUUAUCCUGAAGGUGAUAAACGUUUACGGGGAUGCAGCUGGACACGUGGCCAUGCUCGCAAUUCUCAGUCUAGGAACUUUGUUGACAAUAUCGAAUAAAAUUGAUCUGCAUAGGCAAAGAGCCGAAGAACAUGCCGCGCAAUAUAAUGCACUGAGUCAAGGAAUAUUACAUAAGAUUGACAAGUGAUAUAGAUUUGGUCAGCCUUUCUCC